AUGGCGUGGCAGCCCGGGGCUGGAGGGGGCGGCGUAGGAGGAAUGGCCGGCGGAGAAGCGAACGGUGUUCAAGCGUACACGCUACAAGGUGUUAUGCGAUUUUUACAGACAGAAUGGCACCGCCAUGAACGAGACCGAAAUGCCUGGGAAAUCGAACGCGAAGAGAUGAAGAACAGGAUAGCCAUACUCGAAGGAGAGACCAGAACGAGCAAAGGCAUGCGGGUUUCCCUGGAACGACAUGUUAAAUUGCUGGAAUCAGCACUUAAAAAAGAGCGCGAGAAGGUCAAACAUGCUGCGAAAGGUGAAACAGUUGACCAUUCCAAGGAUGCCAAAGAACUGGCACGGGAAGAAUUAAAGGCCAUCAACAACGAUUUGCACGUCAAAGGAAUCAGCCAGUUCGACGCCGAAAUUGAUCCUGAGAACCCACUAGGUCAGGGAAUCCGACAAGAAAAAGAACGUGACAAGUCCAGAAGCUUCCUCUCAAAAUGUUCGUCAGAAAUCACGUACCACGUCCUACCUACAGCCCACGUACCUCCUGAUGUAAACGACCUUGCGACCUCGACCAACGGCAACCAUGUCUUCCAAGGCCGGCAACCUACGCAACAAGAGCUCCAAGAAGCAUAUCUACAGUUACAACAAGUCAAACAGCAGCAUCGCAACGUGGCCAUGGUCCGAGAAAACGCUUCUCAGCCACCGACGCAGUUCGCCGAACCUUCACCACUGAGCCGGACGAGUACGCAGAUCAACACUUCAGAACUCCAGCCCGGUGCAGCUGACAGGAGGUUACCUGAACAUAUCAUCCAAUCUGUUCCCGUGGUGGACCCCAGGAAAAACUUCUACAAUGAGCAAAUUCCGGUCAUCGAGGAUCAAGUGGAGUCGAUAACACACAGUUUCGACGCCUAUGGACAAGAAAUUCCUUUGAAAGAGCCAGUAGAGAUACGGGCAAUGGACGAACCGAAGCAAGAAAUGGCCGACGCGUGGGAUUUCGAUGAUGGACCAGCCCCUUCCGAAAAGACGUCUGAAGUAGCUUCGCCACACAGACCAGACACCGAAAUCUUCCCCAGCGCCAACAUGAUUCCUUCCAAGUCUCCACCCCGAGCACCAGGUUCCUAUCGUCGAAAGAGCUCGGGGGCAAGACGACGGAGCGAAGGCAGCAAUGAUGUGCGGGAAUUAGCAGUCAAGUCAGAUGCCUCACAGUUCAAAGUCAGGUUUGCUAUGAGGGGUCAUCUGGAUGUCGUCCGCUCCGUCAUUUUCACAGGCGGCGGCAGCCCAUCCGAACCCGAAUUCUGCACGGCCAGCGACGACGGUGGAGUCAAGAGAUGGCACAUUCCGGCGUCUUAUGGCCACAACGUUUCUCUCGGGGAUGAUUUGGACAGAAUUGCUCAUUUCACCCACCGAGGACAUAUCGGAGCCGUCUGUUCGUUGGCGGCAUGUCCAGCUUCACCGAAUUUCUCCAGCGGCGGCCGGGCAGUCGGAGAUGGUUGGAUCUUCUCUGGUGGCGAAGAUGCCACCGUCAAGGUCUGGGAACGUGGUCGAGUCGAUGCAAAGGCCACCUUGGAAGGCCACAAAGAUGCUGUCUGGGCAUUAUGCUGUCUCCCGGGGUCAACAGGCACAAUUCUCGGGGAUCGAUGUUCACAGUUCGGUGGACCGGAUCGUGUCCUCCUCGUGGCUGGUGGCGCCGACGGCACCAUUCUGAUCUGGGCUGUCAGUACCCCGCCACAAUUGACCUCGCCGCAAGCCAGUAGUCGAUCGGCCAGAGGGAGUAGAAGAGCCAACUCGAUAUCUGCCGGCUCGAAUUUCCCCAGCUCACCUCAACCGAGUAUCGCCAGCACGACUCCUUUCAACUACAGUUUGGUGCAUCGCAUAGAACGGGCAGAUAAACCGGCGCCUACAUCGAUUUCGCCAUUGGGCGCGCAUGGCGAAAAUUUUGUUGUUGGUUAUACGGACGCGAGUGUCCUGGUGUUUGACACGCGGACAGGGGAAGAGAUUGUCGGAAUGGCCAGCCAAGAGACUUACGAUGGUACGCCGAACACGGGCAUCAACGCAGUUGUUGCCAGCAGCGCGGGCUUCGACACAAGGGACUCGGUCGCACCUGGUCGACGUGGAUCGAUGGGUGAAGAAGACGUGGUCCAUGGCGCAACCGGUUCAGAAGGUGGUGUUGAAGGGGUCGUGAUUGCUGGUUAUGAGGAUCGGGCAAUGCACAUACACCAUGCUCGCACAUCCAUCGGCGAUUUCUUCCUUGUCAUUAAGUCCGGACGGUAA